AUGGAAUGCAUAAACAAAGAAUACUUAUCAAGAGAACAAUUAUUGUAAUAUGGAGAAUUUCAACAUUAGAUGAAGUACUCCAAAAUUUACAAACUCAAGGAUAUUUAGAGCAAUCAUAAUUUUAUUAAAACUAUUGUUAUUGACUCUCUUUACCAAUUCGAAAUACCUAAAUUAGUUAAUGAUUUAUCGCUUUGCAAAAAUUUGAUCAUUCUUGAAAUCGAUUUGAGUAAAGGCUAUAUUCAACAUAAAGGAUUCGAAUAGAUUUGCCAAUCGUUAUCUAAAUGUAUAAAAUUGAGUGUUCUUAAUUUAAAUUUAAGUCAAAUCUAACUUUCUGAGAUGUCUAUGCUAUGCUUAGGAAAUUCAUUGAAGAAAUGCACUACCAUUUUAGAUUUAAGCCUAAACUUAAUGUAGAAUAGUGACCAUAAACAAGGAUUUAGUAUGAUAGCUGAAGGAAUUAUUGAGAUGAAAGGUCUUUUCAAGUUAAAAAUUGCCUAUUAUGAUAUUAGUCCCCUUUUAGACAAAAUUCAUAACCUUUAAAAUAUUUAAAUUUUAGAUUUGGAUAUGCACAAACUAAAUGUUUCAAAUUUAACUGCUAAGAUAAGGAAUUUAAAGAUACUUUAUUUUAUUUCUAUUCACCUAUAACAAAUGAUGUAUAUUUAUGAAUAAGGAAUUAUAAAUACACUCAACAGAAAUCUAAGAAAAUGUAAAAGAUUAGUCAAAUAUCGUCUCUCUUGA